AUUAUCCACUUUAAUAAAAAUGGGGUUGAUUUACUUUAGGUUUUUACCUCACAUUUGAUACCUUGAUGAUCUGUGAAGGUGAGUUGUUCGCAAACACAGCAGGAGUGGACUUUACACCCCAUGUCGUAACUGUAUACACAGGAGAGUUUCCUUCCAUGGCAUCCUUGCAUGGUGCUCUACCAAAUGUGGCAGCUCCAGCAGGCUUAUUGAGCACUUCCAGCCUCGGUACCCCUUCGACAUCAUGGAUGCCGUCUCAGUCAUCUUAUAUAUCAGCAAUGCCUGCCCAGGCACCAUCUUUUACAUAUGCAAUUCCUCCAGUUCCUUUUUUUUUAGUUAUGGCAGAUUCGGCUGUCAAGAUGGUAAAAGCUGGUUGCCAAUAUAUCACAGUUGUAGGAGUUGAUUUUAUGUCAGAAAAUGUGCGGGUAAUCCUUUAUCAGGCUGGCUUCUUAAAGGUAGUCUUUUCCUCUUCUUUUCGUGUAUUCUUAUUUCAUCACUUUGUCAGUUAUAAAUCCAAUUCUAAAAACAGCUUUCAAGUUAACAGAGUAAAAAGUGCUACUUGGUCAACAAAUAUUUUAAUUGAAGCAUAGAUUUCAUAUUUCAAGAACUAAUAAAUUAACAUAAUUAAAACAUGAAAACCAAAAUC